GCCGGGACAGCUCACUGCGUCCGGGUCAGCUGCUGCGGCUGGUGUUGCCUCUGUGGUCGGGGAACUGGCCUGGAGUUUCUACCGCCGACCGAGGGGAGCGGGCUCCGCUCGGUGCCGCCUUCUGCGACCUGGCCGUCAGCCCCACGUCGCCGGCCUGGAGGGGCGAGGAGGACGAGGGGGCCCCGGCUGCCUCCGGGGAUACUGGCUCUCUGGAUUAUCCAGAGUUAGAAGUUGACAUUGAAUCUAGGUUGAGGAUGGAAGGUGUAGAAUUGAAAGAAGAAUGGCAAGAUGAAGAUUUUCCCAUCCCUUUACCAGAAGAUGACAGUAUUGAAGCAGAUAUACUAGGUGUAACUGGACCAGAGAACCAGCCUGGCUCCCUAGAAGUUAAUGGAAAUAAAGUAAGAAAGAAACUAACUGCUCCAGACAUUAGCCUAACACUGGAUCCUAGUGAUGGCUCUGUGUUGUCAGAUGACUUGGAUGAAAGUGGGGAGAUUGACUUAGAUGGCUUAGACACCCCAUCUGAGAACAGUAAUGAAUUUGAGUGGGAAGAUGAUCUUCCCAAACCCAAAACUACUGAAGUAAUUAGAAAAGACUCAAUUACUGAAUACACAGCAGCAGAGGAAAAAGAAGAUGGACGACGCUGGCGUAUGUUCAGGAUUGGAGAACAGGACCACAGGGUUGAUAUGAAGGCAAUUGAGCCCUAUAAAAAAGUUAUCAGCCAUGGAGGAUAUUAUGGGGAUGGAUUAAAUGCCAUUGUUGUGUUUGCUGUCUGUUUUAUGCCUGAAAGUGGCCAGCCUAACUAUAGGUACCUGAUGGAUAAUCUCUUUAAAUAUGUUAUUGGCACUUUGGAGUUGUUAGUAGCAGAAAACUACAUGAUAGUUUAUUUAAAUGGUGCAACAACUCGAAGAAAAAUGCCCAGUCUGGGGUGGCUCAGGAGAUGCUAUCAACAGAUUGAUAGAAGGUUACGGAAAAACCUAAAAUCUCUAAUUAUUGUACAUCCCUCCUGGUUUAUCAGGACACUUCUGGCUGUUACAAGACCAUUUAUUAGCUCAAAAUUCAGCCAAAAAAUUAGAUACGUCUUUAAUUUGGCAGAACUAGCAGAGCUUGUUCCCAUGGAAUAUGUUGGAAUACCCGAAUGCAUAAAACAGUAUGAAGAAGAAAAGUUUAAAAAGAAACAAAAAAGAGUUGAUCAAGAACUUAAUGGAAAACAAGAUGAACCGAAGAGUGAACAGUAAGUUUGGCAUCAAGUUCAGACAGAAGUGAAGAAUAUGCUGAUGAAGCAGUGCUCUUUUUGCUUUUAUUUUUAUGUAAUCUGUUACAAAGUUGACUUGACUUUUUCUUAAUGGACUUUUGUAUAAGGAACUGUUCACUGCUGUAUUGGUUUGCAGAUGUCUUGAAUUUUACUCUUUAAUGGCUAUAUUGUAAUCAUUUUGUACUUUAUAUUGCUAAAUAGCAGAGAACUACACUUUAUAUAAAGCAACUUUUGCAUUUGUUUAUUGAAUGAUGGAUGCAUCUUCAGUAAAAUAUUUAUAUGCAUAAAUGGCAAAGGAAAGAAAUAAUAUAUAUUUUUAUGUCUUGAGCAAUAUUUUUUAAUGUAUACUUACCUUGUGGAAGAAUGUGCAGGUAAAUAAGAUCAUGACUUUGUAAAGUGCAUGUUAGAAUUUUUGUUUUUGUAAAUGGUUGAAUACAUUUCCUGAGUGACUUAGAAAAUUAAGUUGCUCCAAGGGAUAAACCGAUUCUCAUGAAUACCCAAAGAUUGUGUACAUAAUAUAGAUUAAUACCCCUCCUAAGUUGGUUUUUUUUUUCACUUUAGCAUAUAUUGUUCCUUAAUUCAGAAGUGCAAAUAUAAGUGCAUUGCACACUUUUUCCUUUUUUAAAGACAAACCAAAAAAGCCAUUUUUAGAACUAGAAAUUUUUAAGAGGCUUAGAAAUUAGGAAUUAUGUAUGUGUAUAUAUGGGAUAUUUUAUCUUCUGGCCCAAAGUCAGGCUCUUUUUAAAAAAAAAAAAAAAAAAGAAUCUUAAGAUCUGUUCACUAAUGUGAAAGGAAUUGUGUGUCCAGGGUUUCAUGCCCAUGAAUGUGUGAGUGCUAUGUAGCAUUGCAGAGAACGUGAUGAGUAUUCACUGUCACAACUUUUCUGUAGAAAAUGGGCUGCUUUUGAAACUGCUCUCACUGUGGGCACUUUACCAAAAUGCUUCCGGGUCACUUAUUCGACAGUACUUUGACCUAGUCACAUAAGUUAUGCUUUUAAGUUUCUGUGGAAUUCUGUUUGGCAAUACUAUAAUCAGGUCAAGCUUGCAAGUCAUAGGCACCAUUACAUAAUGCUGUUUGGGAUGGCACAUGUAAUAGAAACAUGAAAAUUUUGUUCUACAUUGAAAUAAAUUUCAUUUGUUCCUCCAAACAAAGCCUAAUUACAGCAAACUGGCAUACUAUAUGUCAUAUACUAAAUGACAUAGACAUAUUUAGUAAACUUAAUUAUCCUCUAUAUUUGAAGGUCACACUAUCCAGCCCUUCAUAUAAAACGCUUUUUUCAAGAGUGGCCUAGAUUAGCAAAAUUGAAGCAGAUGUAAGCUGUUUUUAAGAUUUAUCCUCUCCUGUACUGAACACACAUGUCUUUUACUGUGUUGUUUGUUUGUUAGUAGAAAGUUUCUGUUACAAAAGGGAAUUUUUUUUUAACUUUUUCCAGCUAACAUCUAUCUAGUUUUGAGAGAUGCUGGAGGAUUCUGAGGAUUCUCCAGCUGUCUCUCAACCUUGAUCUAACAUAUCUGUCCUGUACUAAUGUCACUACAGUGAAUUAAGUCAAAGCCUGGUUACUUAGUGAAACCUUAGAAAUACUUGUGCUGAAAAGGUAACUUAAUAGUAACUACUUAGGCAUUCCUUCUUAAUUUACCACAUGAGGAUUAUGAAUAAAGAUCAUGUUUGGUUUCAUUGUAAUUGCAUACAAUAUCUGGAGGACAUUUCAAGCUGUCACUCAUCUGUAUGUCGUUAUCAUCUCAAAAUAGACUGAGCUUUUGGGUAGGUGGUUUUCCACCACAUUAAGUACUUGGCGCUUCAAUUUCAAAAAUACAAAGAAUAAUUUCAACUCCUUAUUGUGUUUAUUGACUUGCUUUUACAUUCAGUGUUCCUAACUUCCAGAAACAACUUGCAAAGGUGAUAUUUUUCUAACAAAGUGAACAACUAGUCCUGGUGGUCCAAGCUUGUAACCCCAACACUCAAAAAACUGAGUCAGGAGCUUGAUGAAUUCAAAGCCAGCCUAGGCUACAUUGCAGGAUCCUGUCUCAAAAGGAAAGAAAGCCUUCAGAGGGAACACAGAUAACACUUGAAUUAUAAUGGGGACAUGUUGUGAAUCACAGCUUUGAAAGGAGAACUUCUACCUUAAUGGAAUCUGGUGUAGGAAUGUGCCCACAAUAAGUAUUUCAUGCCUAUAAAUAUGUAAGUUAGAAGAGAAGUAUUUAAGUUUAUUUGUACUUUGUAACAUUUCCUUGUUUUAUUUGAUGUUACUUACCAUUACUGACUGAAAUGAAAGCACUUGUAAUUGUAGGUUUUUAUGUCUUUUUCCUGGGAUAAUGGAUUGAAUUUCACUGGUUUAGAUUUCAUGUAUCUUGUCACCAUCUCUAUUACACUUAGGAUAUGUGUUUCCUCUUUUUAGUCAAGUUGUCUUAGUCAAGAAAUUGGAUUCUUUGUUUACUUAUUCAUAUUCCUAAAUAGCACUAAGAAAAGACAUAUUAACCCCAUACUUAAGCUGAAUAGUCUUUAACUCAGGAGGGUGAGGAGUGGGAGGAUGUGAAGGAAUAGUUUCUAAGUAGUCGUAACUAGCAUAGUUAAAAGAUAAAAGAAAAACCAAACCUCUAUAAAGGGAUAAAGUCUUAGAUGUCACUAAAUGUACCUCUUGAGGUACAUUGAGGGGUGAAGUACGUGUGAGGACAGCUGGUGGUGUCAUCUCUAUAUCCAGCAGGAAAGGCUGAAGGCUGCCUACAGUAUGUGAAUAGGAGACUGCGGAUUGCAGGAGAAAAGGCCAACAAGGCGUGAGAGUCCAUAUUUUCCUCCACGUUGUUCAUACACAAGCAAGUUUUAACAGUUUGGGUUAGCAAUUACAGUGCUCCAAUUGAAGCUUACUACUUAAUGUCCUUUUUCACUAGUGGUGAAAAUUAAUGUAGGUUUUCAUUAUGGACAUCACUACUUACCUGCACUGAAUACUGAUGUCUGCUCUAAAUAUGUAAAUAUCUGUAGUUCUAAUUUCUUCAUCUGCCCACAGUCCCAGCAUUUAAGAAGUAAGGGGUUUGCUUCUUGGAAGAUUUCUUUCAAAUGACUACAUAAGCAUUACUAUUUGGCUAUUUGUGGGGGUGCUCAGGGAAUGUGGGAAAUGAUUUAAUGCGGAAGUGCCCUGUUGGUGUUCUUCAGUUAAUAAAUGUGUGUUGAGAGUAUAACUAGAACAGGCCAGUUUGUUGACAGGGUUUGUCGGGUGAUCAUAGCUUCAGCCUCAUUCUGGUGGUAUAAAGUAGAAAAUUACUAACGAUCACAUUACAGUAUAGACAGCUACAUUAUUGUUUUGUUUCUGUGAUUAUGUUUCCCAUCCUGUAUAGAUAGUUGAGAAAUGAAUCACAAGCAAAUCUCCAGUGGCGAGAGGGAUUAAUAUACUUACAAGUUUGACAUAUUUUGGUAUGGAGGGAAUGGGAAUUGCGAAGUUUGAGCUGCUAAGACAGAGUUAAGAACUUAGGUUGGAUGGCAGGGCCAACUGACAGAAACUUGGUCAUGUGAAUAUAGUUUUCUAAGCUAGUCCAAAAGAAUUGACUGGGAAGGAGCCCUUCCAACCUCUUCCCCUUCAGUGAUUGAUUCUCUGUUAUAACACCAGUCAGGAGGUGCCCCGUAAGGUAACUUUCCUUUAAAGUUCUGAAUAAUAGAAGUGUAGUAGUUUUAACAUUGGGCAAUGAUAACUCAUUUGAAUUAUUUGUUGCAAGUAUAUAUAAUAGAUGUAAUUUCUUUUGCUUGAGAACUAAGUUUUUAAAUGCUAUGGAAGUUUUACAUACAACUGAAGCUAUUCACUUCAGAUAGCCAUUUUAUUCCAUCGCACAAGACAGCCUAUAAAAGGGUAGAACAUUUGCACUUAAAGUUUUUCUGCAUUUUCACAUCCCGUUUGGCAAAAGGAGAACUUGAAAAAUAACAUCAGCUGCUGCACUGCACUUUUUGUAUGCAAUCUUUCUAAGUGUUCAAUGUCCCCUUAACAAUUGCUUAACAAUGUAUGCUUAACGGUUUAUUUGCAUAAACCUAGGUAAUAUUUGGUGUUCAGGGCCACUGACUUGCAUAUCCCUUGGGACCCUUCACAUAGAACACAACUGAGAAUUUCUUCAGACACUGAUGCACUUUUAUAUAUAUUUAUAUUUCAAAAAUGUUUUCAUUACAAGUUCACAUGCUGUCAUCUGGACAGAAUUACUGUGACCUUUUAUUAAGAUGAUAGUACUAUCAUUUCACAGUGAGACAUUCAAUCCUGAUGUAUGUGUACAAAGUGGUCAUUUGGUCUCUGUAAGAAAUAGUUGGGUUGGACAUGAUUUACUAAAGAGGUGUAAUAUUUUCUUUUCCUGACUUGUUAGGAAUACAAUGACUUGUAUCCUGAUUUGUUGCACAUCAUAUUUUUGCAACAAUGAAUCUUAAUAAAUUAAUGUGAAAGCUU